CAGACAUUGUUUAACAUCAAAUUUGUUGUACCGAACCAAAAAUCCUACUGACCAAGGCUCAAGUUUGAUAUAUUUUGUAAACAAGCAUGAAGAUUGUACUCAUUUUCUCACAACAAGAUGAAUAUUUUCAGCAGUUGGUUGAAAAUUAUUUUAUGUUAUGUAACAAAUCAGUUUUGUUUUCGUUGAUUAUUACAGAUGAAAACUUUGACAAGAGCGUGCCACUAGAUGGUGAUAAUAUAACUUGGUUUUCUAAAGAUGAAUGGCAUGGGCAAAAAAACCUGCUGCAGAACGAGAUAUUAUCAUGCACUUUGGCAGAGGCAAUCAAUUGUAUGGCAGAUUCCUUGGCAUAUUCAGGAGAACCUGUCAAGUGUUAUUUAAUUUUACCAGAGGAUGUAGAUUUUAACAGUCAUUUAGGAUUGUAUGGUGCUUUAUAUCGUCUGAAGCAUUGGCACAAUGUGAAACCAACUUUUGUAACGACAAGUGAUUGUUUGACAGAAUCUGUAUUGUCAUUGACACAAUUCCUGGAAGCUGAUAUCAUUGAUGAAAUGAAACUAGAUGAAGAAGAGUCUGUGAUUUGGUCGGGAAAAGUAACAGUAAUGAAUAAAAUAGAAGAUAAAGGCUACCAAUUCGCUGGAUUUAAUUUAUCAUGUGAUGAUAUUGAGUGUUUAGAGAAACGUUUAUGUUUUCAUCACUCUGGUCAACCUAUAACAACAAAAAACAAAGAUACCUUCCAGUUUGGUAGAAUGAUUGAAAUAUUAGAUGAUGUUGAUAUGUCCACUAUACCUACAUUUUUACUGACACCACUCACCUUAAAUUUACAUAUGAACAUAGAGAAUAUGGCUUCUAGAAUAUUUCUACAAGAUGUACAUAAUCGUCAUGCUGGGACAGCAUUAGUAGGACGAAUAGCUACAUAUAAAUCAACAGAUAUACCAACUUGUGGUUCAAAACAUUUGAAGACAUCGUUUUGGAAAGAAGCUAUAAUGAAUGACAUAACAUGUGUUCAAGAACCUGAAGAAGAGCAUUUACCUGGAUUUCAAUAUCUUCAUUUUAUUGUGACCAAACACCCUGGUAAAGAUGAACAUGAUAUGGCACCAUUAAAACUAACUGUACUUAAAUCACCUAAAGAAAUAAAUAAAAACUUAUUGACUGUUUUAGAAAAAUCUGAAUCUGUGACAAGUGAUAGUGAUAUGAAGACAGAUUUUCUUUCUAGUUUGCCCUGUAUAAAUAAUCUAGAUUUAACUUUACUUCAUGAUCAUUUGAAUCAAAUACAAGUUGGUCUGUUAAAAGAAUGGAUAGAUGAAAGAGAAGAGAAGAAUUUAUCAACAGUUAUAAGUCAACAUCAUCUGUUAUCAUUUCUAGAAUCAACACAGAGACAAUUUAUAACAUCAUUAUUUCAUACAUAUCAACGUCAUGAAGAAAUUAAGACACAUGAUAUCACUUGUAUCGACAUCAAUUCAGAUUUAGAUAUAGACCCAGUAAUGUGGCCAGAGAGAUUAGCUUUACAGUAUUAUGAAUCUAAACAGAAAACAAUUCGAAGGUUUAAAUCAUCUGAUAGUAUGCCAUUAUCUUCACCUUUCUACCCUCAAGAAAGUGGAACAUCUUUGGAUGCUGUAGAAUUUCUACGUUAUUUUCAAGCAGAUGGUACAGCAGUCAAUGAUAAAAUGUCUCCAGUUCGGAAAAAGUCAACAGGAAGAACAGUAAAGAGGUUUUUUAGUCACGAUAGUUUAACUAGCUGGCCAGAAAGUAAAGAUGCUAAUUAUCAUGAUGUUUAUUAUUAUUCAAAAAAGGAGGAUAAUCAUUUUGCUAAAGUACGAGAUAAAUUUAUGAAAGAAGAAACAUACUGUUCUCUGUAUACACCAUUUUAUGGGAAAACAAAAAGUAAAAAGAUUGAGUCAAAAAUGUCACGGACAUCAUCAUCUGGACAUAUUUUAUCUCCUACCAGAAGAUCACCAAGAGGCAAGAAAAGAAAACAUGAUAAUGUAAAAUCUUCAUCGCAGACUUCUGUAAAACAAAAUGUUGGAUUACGGACUCCCACAAAGUUAGCUCAAAGGCAAUUGAAGAGCCCAAAAAAAAGACCUAGCCAGCAGAGUCCUAGAAAACGAGUUAGUCAACCUCAACGUUCUUCUCCUAGAAAAGGUGUAAGACAAUCCCCAAGAAAAGCAGUCACAGAUUCAAGACCCUUUGAUUUUUCAGGUUCACAAGUUGUAAGAAAAUUACCAGCCCCUUUUACAUUAGAUGAAGAUUCAAAUCAAUCGAAUGUAUUUGGUAAUUUUACUAAUAUACCAGCACCACAUACUAUAGAAGUUAGAAAGAAAAAAACUAUAGAAUCUGGUCAAUCAAGUCAAUCUUCAAAAGCAGGAGAGUCUAGAUCACAAAGACACAGAAGAAAAUUAGAAGAGAUAUGUACUCGGGUCUUAGAAUUAAAUGGAGUUGACAAAUCCAAUAGCAUAUUUAAAUCAUGUUCAUCAAAUUUAUAUCAAGUGACUAAAUUCUUUGUUAAAGCUUUGCCGAAUGCCCAUAGUUUGUCACAAGAAAUGAGACGAAUAGCAGAAGGUCAAGUUCUACAGGUUAUUGAUCUGGAGAAAAGAAGACAGGAACUAAGUCAGAAGAAAAAGAAAAUAUAACAAGAAAUCUCUGAAACAGAAAUAAUUCUAUUCAACUAAUUUUAUUAAUAAAAUAUAUACAUCAUA